AUGGCUGAGCCAUUGACGUACGAUUUUGAUGGCUUUAUAGCCCGACUUCAUGAUUGUUUAUUAACAAAUAAUGGAAAUGAAACUGAAGCGUCAGAAAUCGUUCUUGAUAUAGCAGCCGCAUUCUCUGAACAUCCAUCUGAAAUGCAAAUCGCCAUGUGUUUAUCGGCUUUCUUUGCUAAUAGUAAUCAAAAUAUAAUGACAUUUCUCAGACGAGCCUCGUCCAAAGAAGAAUUUAGAAAAUGUAAAGUGGAAAUAUUGCAAUUUUUGAAAUUUUUUAUUGGACAAGUUGGUGAUAAAAUUUUGCCAUAUGCCGUUGAACUUAAGGCCAUUUUAUUAAGUUUAUACAAUCAUGACAAAUAUUCUGACGUGAAGUGUGCUAUAUUUCCAAUUUUAUCCCAGUUAAUGGAACUCAGUGUUGGCACGACAAUUAUGGACAAAGCUGAAGUUGAUAAAAUAGUUAGCACAUUUUUUAAUGCAUUACUUGCAGCUUCGAAAACAACAGCAACGUUAAAAGGAUUAAUUAUGGCAUUUCUUGGCUUAUUAUGUAAAAAUUAUCCCGAAUACAUGGAUAUAUAUUCAGAGAAAAUAUUAAAACUUUAUUUGACCACGUUGAAAGCUGAAAUGGAAGGUACAUCAAAGAAAAGUGAAUUAUUAGUUAUUGCUGGUGUAUUAGAAGGUUUAAUUUAUUACAUUAUUAAUUUUUCUCCAAAGCCAAAAAGUGAAGGCGGUGGUAACGAAUUGGAAAGUAUUUAUAGAUAUGCUAAAAAAGCUAUUAGUCCUGAAACGGAUUUAAGUCGUUAUGCUGUACCAAAAGCUGGGCUUGAAAUAUUUGCUCAACAUUCCACUCAUUUUACUGAAUUAUUGUAUGAUGAGUAUGAAAGUAUUCUUAAAAGUUUAAUAUUUUGGAAUCAACACGUCAAUUAUGAUAUUAAAAAAGUUUCACAACGUGCUUAUGACACAUUUUUAAAAGGAAUAGCUGAUGCAUUAAAAGCCCGAGCAGGAAUACAAGAUAAUGGUGUUCGACAGCGUGCAAUAAAAACUUUUAAAUAUUUCGUACAAGAAUUUCGUGCAAAAAUCGAAUCACCAGCAAUGGAAAUUCGUGAUCUGGCAAUGGCGAUUCGUGGUUACGGAACAUUUGCAAGUGCGUGCAAAUUAUUUGGCACCGCUGAUGAUGUACGAUUUAUGUUCGUUGAUUUGAUACAACGUUGCGAACAAAUAGCGGUACCAACCAUAUCGUUAACGGAAGCGGCUGACGUUUAUGAUGAACGUUUUUAUCAAUUGCCUAAUUUACUUGAUGCAUUAUCAGCAAUUAUUAUUGAAAUGAAUGAUGUUGGUGAAGAAUUUCUUGGACCAUUGGAACGUUUAACUGUAAUGACAAUUGAUUAUUAUCCACGUUAUCAGCCAAAAUCAAAAGCGACAACGUGUACAUCUGUCAUCAAAAUGAUACUUGCCAUUCAAACAAAACCAAGUUGUUUUAAACCAUUUUUAUCACGAAUAGUUAAUCAAUCAUUGAUUCGUUGUUGUUCACAUCCAUUAAAAUCAUCAGUUGAUCAGAUGAUGGAAGAAAUUGAUCCCGAUGAAGAAAAAUCUAAAACAACAUUGGCCAUUGGAAAAACGAUAAUUUAUGAAAAUUAUAUUUCACUAUGGAAAACGGUUUUUGAUGUUACAACAACAAAGGAGCCGGAAAUUGUUGUCUAUUCGAUAUUCGACAGGCAAAAUAUGCAUGUAUCAUUAUAUGAUGAAUUAAUUGAUACCAUCUUACACAUUAUUGAUCGAUUCGAUUUGCGUGUUGAGAAAGAAAAAGAAUUAGACAAAGAGAAUGAUGAUGAUUCAAGUGCUACAACCGAUCCUGUAUUUGGCUUAAAACCGUUGAAUCAAAAAGAUUUUGUCAUGUUUUAUAAUCUUGUUGACUUUUGCCAGGAUUUGUUGUCUGAGCAAUCGAUUGAAUUAUUUGAAAAAUGGGUUCAUCGUUUUCUCUACGAUAUUAUAUCAGCAUCGACAAAAUAUCCAUUAGUUAGUGGCUUUUAUCGUUUUGCCAGUUUAGUGAUGAAUAUUUGUUUAAAAUUACGUUACUUUAAUUCUAAUUCAAAUGGUGAUACAACAAUUGAGUCAAUGGAAACAGAUACGAAUGAAACUAGUAAUAAUAAUAUUAUUGGUGUUACAAUACUCAUUCAAAAAUUUGCGCAUGAAGUUCUUUCACGUUUGAAACAAUAUCGUGAUGAUCUGUUAACAUCUUGUUUACAAUUCAUCUUAUCUCUACCAUCAGAAUGUAUUGAUUAUGAUUUUACCGAUUAUGUACCAGCUGUACAGAUGGCAUUGGAUAUGGGUCUCAGUUAUUUACCACUGGCCGAACAAGUUAUUGACAGUCUCGAACGAUGGUCCAAGUCCUCAUCGUUUACACUAACACCAUAUUAUGAACAAUUACUGCCUUAUUUUGAUGAUUUUUUACGUUUAUCGCAUGAUCAAGGCGAAGAUGUUAAUGUUCGUGCUAUUGUUUCGACGCUACAGGAACAAAAUCGUACUAGUACAAGAACAAAAACGAUAUUGCCGACGCGAAUGUUGAAAAAAACAAAACAAAUAAAACAUCUUUUCGAUGAUAGUGAACUUCGUCGAGUACAAUUUCGAAUAAUGAAAUAUUUGGGUUCACUCGGUGGUAGAAUAAAUUAUCACUUAAUUGGUGAUACAUCGACUUAUCUUGUUAAAGAAGCAGUCGCAUGGGAUAAUGAAAAUCAUUUAUUGUUUGAUGUACCGUUAGAGGACAUGAAACCAAUAAUUCAUCUCGAUUUAUUUCUUCCUCGUAUUGUUGAUUUGGCUUUACACUCAUCAGAAAGACAAACAAAAGUGACUGCUUGUGAAUUACUACAAUCAAUUAUGUUGUACAUGAUUGGAAAAAGUGUUCCACAUGGCGAAACACGUGUGGUCACCUAUGAAAAGUUAUAUAAGAAAUUGUUUCCAGCUGUACUUCAAUUAUCAUGUGAUUCUGAUACGUUUACAAAAACUUUAUUUGCCACGUUCAUGCUCCAGAUUAUACGUUGGUUUACCAAGAAUAAACGUUAUGAAAACCGUGAAACUAUGUCGUUACUAAAUACAUUCAUGGAUGGUAUUAUGUCGAGUAAAAAUGCGUCGACUCGAGAUUUUAGCGCUGUCUGUUUAAAAGAAUUUUUAAAAUGGUCAAUUCAACAUUCCAUUGGUGAAGAUAAACAUGCCUAUUUAAAAAAUUCAACAUCCGUAUUAAAACGUAUUGUUAGUUAUUCAAUGCAUCCAAAUAGUUUUAAACGUCUUGGUUCAACACUUGCUUGGAAUUCAAUUUAUACAUUAUUCAGAGAACAAGCAGAUCUAGUUGAUAUAUAUACUCUUCAAUUAUUGUAUGUGUUUGUUGAAAGUUUAGCAAUAGCUCAAGGAGAUGAGUCGUCCGUGGGUACACAACAACAAGCAAAAUCUGCUCUUGAUCAUGUUCAACGUAUCCUGAAACAAACGUCAAAAUUAUUUGUUAAUGAAACAAGCAGACGUUAUCGUCCACCUGGAUGGACUCAAGCCACACUUGAUGUCGCUAUUCGUUGGUUAUUAAGACAAUGUGGGCGAGUUGAAACGGAAUGUAGACGAAAAUGUAUUGAGCUAGUUUGUACGUUUAUACCACUAUUACCAGGUAAUUUGAUAAAUUUAAUGGAUAGUCUUGCUUUUAACAUCAUCCACUUUCAUCAUGACAGAUUUGAGGGCUCACAAUCAAAAAAAGAUAAAUUUAAAGCUGGUCUAGCUAAUAAUGUUAUUAUGACCGAUAUUAAUGAACGAUUUUCUCUCGGUACUGUAUAUCAAUGGUUGGAUACAUUAAUCGCUGCUCUCGAUUGUUAUUACUGGGUAUUUUCACAAGGUUACCUUAAUCCAAUGUUAUUUCAAGAUCAAAGUAAAAAGAGUCGUUUAAUCGAUUCGUUAAAUUAUUUUAUUAAUAAAGUGGCUAUGAAUACAAUACAUACGAUUGCAACAUAUUUUACAAUUCAAGAUGAACAUGGAAAAGUUUUUACACCAGCUGACGUUAGAAAAUUUGACGAUGCAAAAUGUGUAGUUAUUGUACGUUUAUUAAAUUUUAUUACUGCACUAUGGUCAAAAUAUCCAAAAGAUACACCAAAAGCAUUUGAUCCAUCAUUUUGGUCUCGUGAUUUAAUGACAUUAAUUUUAACGUGUGCUUUGGAUCCCGCUCAAUUGGGUUUUGAUGUGAAUAAUGAAGAAGUUGAUAAAAAAUUACCUAAAGUCAUCGAAUCUCUUCUGAAGGCUAUGACAACAUAUUUAUCUGAAAAUAUAUUAAAACCAUUGCACGAUGUUACAAUUGAAAUGACAAUGGAUGGCAAAAAAUUUAAUUUGGUUCAUGAACUUGAUAGUGGUGGAAAUAUGCCAGUUCGUUGGGGAUUAAUUCAUACAAUUGUUCGUGGAUAUAAAUUAUUACAUGAUGCACGCCUAUUAUCUAAACCCAAAAAUCUUGAACAAUAUACGAAACAAUUAUGGGCAACAAUGUUAAGAAAAAUGAUUAAUCACGAACAAAAGCCGUAUUUGACAAAAUUGACAUUAGAUCUUGAAAAUCAAAAAGGCUUACAAUCAUUAUUCGAAUAUAUUAUUUAUUUGGGUAUUGAGCCAUCUGAAAUAUUGCCACAUUUUUUUGAACCAGCAUUAAUUCAAACUGAUUCUGGUUUGAGUACAGUUGGCACCUAUUUAUUAUCAUUAUUUAAACAUCAAAUAACAAGUUGGUUAGCAGCUAAAUCCAAUUUUAUUAUUGAAAAUAUUCAUUUAUUUCAUUCAAAAAAGAAUUCAUCAACAACAACAUUUGAUCCACGUCCAGUUGUAAGUUUUUUAAUAACAACACUCGAUUUAUUUAGUUCUGAUAUGAAAAUACGUCAAACAUAUGGUUCUCAAUUUAUUGAUGGUAUUUAUAAUUGUUGGCCAAAAUUUAGUUCAUUAUGGGAACCAGCGGAUAAAGCAUUGAUCGAUGAUAAAUUAUUAAUUGUAACAUUAUUAACAAAAACAUUUAUUAUUAAUUCAAAAUGUUUAUUAACUCAUCAACAAUUUGACACAAUAUCAGAUAUGUAUUUGACAUUGAUAACUGAUAAAACAUUAAAUUUAUCAUAUAAAAAUCGUCUACUCGAUUUAUUAGUAUUUUUUGCCUCAAUAAAUUUUUCUGCCGAUGAACAAACAUCAGAAACAAUUGAAAAACAAAAAGAAUGGAAUAAAAAAUUAUUUCGUCAAUUAUUAACAUUUACGGCAAAUAAUUUUCCAAUGUAUUGUAAAGAAUUUAAAGAAGGAACACAAGACUAUUAUGAAUUUCAUAUGUCAAUAAAAAAGAUUACUGCUGGUCUUGAAUUAUCAUCAUCAUUUCUUAUAUUUGAAUUAUUAGUAUCAAUGUUAUGUCGUGAAAAACAACAUUCAUUCGAAGAUGAAAUAUUAAAAUCUAUAAGUCAUUUUGUAUUAAAUACAAAAGAUGAUUCAAAACAAAUUGAAAUAUUUCAAUAUAUUUAUGAUGUUAUAUAUAAUGAGAAAAAAAAUGUGCCAAGUGAACAUCGUCUUCAUGCAUUAGAUAAAUUAGUAUUAAAAAUUCUUACAUCAAUGCGUAAACAAUGUGUUAUUGAAGUUUAUAAAAGGCAUAUUCUUGUUAUAACGAGUAUAAUUGAGGCAGAAUUUCGUCUUGAAACAUCUACUACAGCUAUUGAAUCAUCAUUAAUUAAUCGAAUAUGUUCAUUUCGUUUAAUGGAACAUAUGUAUACAAUAUUGACUAAAGAUGAUGUACAAGGUUCAACAUCGCCAAUUGUUUCCAUUUAUGAAAAAAUUAGACCAAAUAUGGAAAAGAAAGAUGGAAAAGAAUUAACAAAAAAUAUGAUACGUCGUUCAAGAAUUCAUUUUACAGAUGGAGAAAAAAUAAUGAAAAUUGUUCAAACACAUUUAACGACAAUGAGUAAUAGUAGUGAGAAAACAAAAUCCAUAAUAUCAAUGAUUCGUACAUUGUAUACAUCAUCAUUCAAUUGUCUUAUAUCAUUAUUCAUAUGUACACAAACAGAAUUGAAACUUUAUACAGCAUUUAUAUUUCAAGAAAAUCCAAAUAAAAAUGAAUAUUUUUAUGAAAAUAUUAUCGAUGCUGAUGAAACAUAUGAUUUUCCUGUAGAAUUGCCAGAAUACUACAAAAAAGAUAAACGAACGGUAUUAAGUGUAUUACGCAAAAAAAUCUUAUUAUCAUCCAAUUCACAGCAAGGAAAUUUACAAAUACAAAAUCAACCACCACCACGUUAUUUAUCAUCAGAAUAUUUAUGUGGUAGUAGUUUAGCUAGCGAAUUAGCCAUAUUUGAUUACAUAUCAUCAGCUGUUGUUAGUCAACAACAACAACAACAACAACAAACGAAUUUAAAUAAAUCGAUAUCACUAUCACAAAGUGGAUCACAAACAUUUCUAAGUAAAAUACAAAAUGGUGAUAGUAAUGGUGAUGCAGCUAUUCUUGAAUUUGAAGACGAUAAUACCGAUUUUCUCGAUAUGGAAGUAGAUAAAUUGAAUCAGCAUCCAUGUAUGGUGAUGAUGAUUUGUUUAUUAAAACAUAUGGAACAUAAUCACAUCAUACCAACAACAAUAAUAACAACGGGAGAAAAUGGUUCAACAACAACAACAAAUGGAACAGGAAAUAUUGUUCAUUCUCAACCAUCAAGUAUGGCGGAUAUGCCAACAUGGAUGUCAUACUUACAUAAAAAGUUUAGUGAUCCAACAACACACACGAAUAUUAAAUUAUUUCUAUUACGUCUCAUUGUUCAUACACAUACUAUAUUUAAACCAUAUUCAAGAUUUUGGUUGACAUCAAUUAUACAAUUAUGCAAUAGUCUAUUUGAAAAUUCAGCUACCGUAGAAGAGGGUAUCAAUACGUUUAUAUUAGAUGUUCUUGUUGUCUUAUUAUCAUGGCAUACAGUUGCUAUACCAUCUGAAAUUGAUUCAACACCUGUACAACGUUUAAUUUCCAAUUUAUUUGUUCAUUGUUCACAUAAAAAUUCAGCUAUAACAAAAAGUAAUUUGGAUUUAAUUAAACGUCUAGUUGAAUAUUGGAAACCACGUAUACAAUCACCGACACAAAUAUUAUGUAAGCUAAUAUCAGAUCAAGAUCAAAAUUCACGAAAAAAUUCAAUUGGUAUUCAAUUGACAGCUACUUUGGUAGCAAAUAAUAUUCAUCCAUAUUCAUUUCAUCCAGAAAUAACUGAGGAUCGUUUUAAUGAAACAUUGGUAAAAAAUUUAAAAAAUAAUUUUCGAAUAAUUUAUGCAGCUGCCGCUGAAGUCGUAGGAAUGUUAUUAAAAUGUAAAAAAUUAAAAUCAGAAAGUAAUACAAAAUUAUUGGAACAAAUUGAUAAUGCAUUUAAAGGAUUACAACAGCAAGACAGAAUUAUUACUUGUUUAUAUUCGAUACAAAAACAUUAUCCAGAUAUUAUUGACAACAGAUAUAUGAAUCAACUGAUGUUUGCAUUGAAACGAUUGCAUGGUGAUCUGAAAAUGGAAUGUCUUGAAGCGAUGGAAGCAGGCAUUGCCGAUUUUGAACAUGCAUACAAGGAAUUGAAAACACGUGGUAUUCUCGAUAUAAUAGCGCAUAAAGAUUUUGGAAUUCGUGUUGUGGCAUUACGUUUAUUGUAUAAACUAUUACCAAAAUUAAAUGUUGAUCAAAUGUAUGAAGUUGGUUUGGUAAUAUCGAUUGACGGUCCAAAUGAAUGUCAAAAUUGGGCAUUAGAAAUUUACAAAUGGAUGUAUGAUUAUUUAAUUAAAUCACGCGAUUUGGAUGUCAAAGAAAACGCUACUCAGUUACUAAAUGCUGUUCGUGAACAAUUAUUACGUCUGUUAUUAAGUAAAAAUGAAGUAACACGUUUAAAUUGUCGUAAUUUUUGGUGUGAGCCAUCUCAUUUGCCAACAUCUACCGUAAAACGUUUACCAGCAUUAGUAACAUUGAUGUAUUCAAAUAAAACUGAACAAGAAUAUUUGAAUUAUUGUACUAAUUUCUUACUGGAACGUACUACACAUAGUCCCGAUUAUAAUCGUUUAAUAUUUGAUCAACCAUUAGAAAAAUGUGUAUUUCACGAUUUUCCAUUGACAUGUAAUUGGCGACAACGACAUCAUACUUAUAUGACACCAUUAUUUACACAAGAUCAAACAGUAUUAACAGCUACAACAACAGCAGCCGGAAUGUUAACGAGCCGUAGUUUAAUGUCAAUGGAUCCCGUUCAUUUGAUGCAAACAUUAUCAAGCACAACCACCGAUGAACAACAACAAUUAUUAGCUACUCAAGAUAUAUUCAGUAAAAAUCAAUUUAUACCAACGCAACAAUUAGAACAAGCAUCUAAAUCUUCUUAUAAUUGGUUAAAACAAUCAAAUACUUUGGAUACUGCUAGUACAUUUGCAUUACCAACAAUGCAAACACACAAAAAUAGUGCUUUAUUAUUUGAUAUUGGCGGUGAUAAUAAACGAACAAAAUUACCAUCACAAACACAACAAGCUGAAGAUAGUGAGAUGGAUGCUGAUAUAUUUCGAUUGAAAAGACGUUUUCUUAAAGAUAGUAAACAAUUAUCAAAUUAUUUUAUUAAAAAACAAUAUGAAAAAAAACGUCAAGAAACAGAAAUGUUAAAUGAUGUUAAAUUAAAACAAGAUAAUCAAGUUGAAAAAUAUCGUUCGUAUCGUAUUGGUGAAUUACCAGAUAUACAGAUUAAAUAUAGUGAUAUUAUUAUACCGUUACAAGCAUUAGCUCAAUACGAUAAUUAUACGGCAAGAAUAUUGUAUUCAAAUUUAUUUAUCGCCAUAUUACAACAAAUUGAAUCUCGAUCCAAAGAUGAAUAUUUAGAAACAUUAGCUUCGCUAUCAUAUGGCUUUAAAACAAUUUUAUCAAAUUCUGAAAUUUAUUAUCCAUCGUUUAUUGCCGCCUUGCUCGAUAUUAUUUUGGCUAAAGCAAAACAUGUUCAAAUAGAACCGGAAUUUAUUAGUGGUGCAUCGAUAGCUAGCGGUCUUGAACCUGUUGGUAUAUUGGCAAUCGAAUCCUUUAUUCCUUUACAGCCAUGGAAACCUUGGAUUCAACCAAAAUUCGAACCACUUGAAUCUCAAACACCAUCAAAACGUCAACGAUUAGUGUGUGAUCCAAAUGAAACUGCCAUGUGGCUGGAAUUAGCCAAAUGUUAUCGUUCAUUAUCAAAUUAUGAAGAUGUUCAUGGAAUAUUUUCAAAAACGCCUGGUAUUCAAUCAUCAACACGAGAUGCUAUUCGUGAAGAGAGUCGUGGCAAUUUUCAACAAGCAUUAAAUUCAUAUAUAACAGCAAUGAAUGAAGCUGAUGAUCAAUCUCAAAUGGUAACAGAUGAAUAUAAUAAUUUACAUACGGCUCAAUUGGCUGAACAAGAAUUUUGGCAACAAUCAGCAUUAAAAUGUUGUAAUUAUUUAACUAAUUGGAGUGUAAUGGAGAAACGAAUAUUUCUUGAUGAUACAACAUUCGAUACAUUAUGGUCAGAUAUAUAUCAAGUCAAUUUUAUGAUGCCUUAUGCCAUACGUUCAAAAUUAAAAUUAUUAAUUACUGGCACCGAAGAACAACAAGCACAACAAGAAGAUUUAUGUCAAUUUUUUAAUAAUUUAUCAUUAAAUUCAAUUUCUACAAGUACAUCAGAGACAACAAAUACAUUUGUUAAACGAUCUUAUAUUGAAAAACAAUAUCCAUAUGAAUUAGCAACAUUUUAUUUAUAUCAAAAAGAUUUCGAUCGUUCGAAAUAUUAUAUUCAAUAUGCUAAAGAACAAUUUCUAUCACGUUGGUCAACUAUCUCUCGUCUAUGUGAACAUGGACGAAAACAUACUAUUCAAUAUAUUCAAGCUUAUUAUGAAUUAGAACAAUUUUUAUCAUUUGUAGAACAAAAUCAUCCAUUAUUAAAAACUAUUCAACAAAUAUUUUCUACAAAUGAAAAUGAUACGGAUACCAUACGACGAUUUCAACAUAAAUUAAAACAUGAUUUAAUUGAACAAUGGCAAUUACCCGAUAUUGUACGUAAUACUAUUCAUAUUUGGGAUGAUAUAAUUACAAAUCGUUCACUCUUUUUGGAUGUUAUUGAUGAUAUUGUUAGUUCAUCAACACAUCAAUCAACAAAUUUAAAAAUAAAAGAAUUCGAUUCUCUUUUAAUCGAUUAUAAAGUGCGAUCGUCAUUGGAUUUAGCCUAUUGUGCAUUAAAACAACGAAAUUAUAAAUUAGCUACAACAAAAUUAAGUGAUACACAAAAAAAAUUAGAUUUUUGUAAACAAUCAGAUUUAUUACGUUUGUAUUGGCAUGAAAUUUAUUGUGAUGUACAUUUGAAACGAAAUCAAGCUAAUAAAACAAAUGGUUUGUCAUCAUUAUUAGAUACUCUAGUAGCAAAAGAAUUAAAAAAAAUGGAUUCUAAAAUCGAAAAAUUAAAAGUUUGUGAUGAACAUACGGCACAUUUAAAUAUGACCUAUGUUAGUUUAAAUAUUCAAUUUUGUCGUACAGUUAUUGAUUCUCUAUUGGAUCAACCACAAUCAUAUGCCGAUUAUGAAGGAGAUGCAAAAUUAUCAAAAACAAAAAGUAAACAAUUAGAAUUUUAUUUGAAUGAUAGUGGUGAUUCACAUAGCACGAGUAUUGCAUAUGAUACCAAUCAACUUAUUAGUUCAUUGUUUCAAAAAUGUGUAAAUACUUUAAAAAGCAAUAUUCAAAAACAAGAAGAAAGACUACCAAAUACGGUAAGCAUUUUGAAAAUAUAAUUCUUCAUUGUUUGACCAUCUCUAGUUUAAAAUUUUUUUUAAUCAAAAAACUACUUAAUAAGUGAAUAAGUGACACUUUUUACUUAAAAUCUGGAAACUAAAUUAAUUACAAGCGAUUCCUCUUAUUUCCGCUGUUUUUGAUUGUAUGUCAUAGUUUUUAUCCAACAGUUUUAUUGAAUACUUUCAUUUGAUUGUAAUGGAGGAAUCCGUCUGAGAUCGACAAUUGUCCCAUUCUUUUCUUCCUUAAAACAGUUCCAUAAUGAGUAAAAAAGCUUUCUAAGUAGUUUCCCGUAUUUCCUGCAGCUCAAAUCCCUUCAUUUCGUAGUUAACAGUUCACCAAUCAACUUUCGCACUGAGAUCACACGUAACACAGAUGAAUAGAUUUUACUCCAACUGCCUUUCAAUUGCAACUUUAAAUAAAAACACAGUUCGGUAGCUGUUGAAAUUCCCUACAAGUUGAGCUCGUUCCAAUUUCUAAGUUGACAUGGCCAGGUUACAGUAGGAUGUAUUUAGUAGCGUAUUUAGUAUAAUCGUGGGAUUUAUUUGUCGAAAAAUGAUUUAAAAAGAAAUAGAGGAAAGUAGGAUGGAGAUGAAAGAACUGAAUGAAAAUUUCUGUAUCAAAUUAUUACUUGAGAUCUUUCGAUAUAUGUGUUUUGCUAUAUUAAAAGUGCUGAUGGCAUAGGUAUAGUCACAGUUUAGCGAUUUACAGUGUUAAGUCAAAAGUAUUUGUGUUUUUGAACCCUUUUGUGAUGCAUGUGCAUGGUAUUGGUUGUGGACGAUGCGGAUUCAAGUGUUCUUAUUUCCAAAGAAGCUCAAGUCGAUUUGCCAACAUCGAAAGUCUCGAUUCGAAUAAAUCAAACUUCUGAGUCACAUCGGUAUUACUGUACAUCUCCUUCGGGUAUAAAAACAGAUCGUCUCAUAAAUAUCAUCUUUUUCUGC